CCUCUUCCUCUUCCUCAUUCAUGGAGACAGAGGUGUGCAGUGGUUGUUUGCAUGCUGCCUGCACGGCGUGGAGUGGUGUCGGACUGUAAGAUCAGGUAUGUGUCCUCUGUGAUCUGGCUCAAUCCAUUCAGUUACUUGUGUGCGGUGGUUGACUCUGGUUUAGCUCUGCUACAGCAGUGUGGUGUGACCGGGAGCUGGGCUAUCUCUCAGGGUCUGUGUGGGCCCGGUGCGCUUCUUGUGGUCAAGAUGCCUGUUGUCUUUUUCCAACAUUAGUGUGGAUGGUUUUGGUGAGGGAAUUGAAAAAUCUGUAGUUUUGAUUUAUUCGUAUAUUUUUCUGGUUUAGAGUUUGAUUAGUUAAUGUGUUUAUUUUACAAUGUGCGGCCCUCAUCUGCUGCUGUCAGCUGCUGUCUUGACUCUUGCACACUAAAAAAUGCUGCGUUGUUUUUUUCAACCCAACCACUAGGUUGAGCCUGUUGGUCAAUUUAUUUGGGUUAUUUUCAUUGAGUUGGGUAUUCUGAGUACCCAAUUCAUAAGGUUAUUUAUGUUGGGAACAGAGUUAUGAGCUUUUUGGAUGUAAUUUUCUAUAUGGCGUCGUUGGUUUAUUGUGAUCUACCAAACACAUUGGGUAGACGUUCGGGCAUUUAAAACCAAGCUCCACCCACUCACCAGAUUGAUGGCUCUACUGCUGAAGCGAGGAGACGUACGAAGCAAGGUAUGUUACAUUCCUACUAUUGCUUUACCAUAUAGAUGACUUGAUAUUAUUAUAAAGACCCUCAUUUUGUUAAGAUGUUAGUUUGUGAAGCACUGUAGUGUACCAGCUUCUGCCUUCAGGAAUCUAUUGGUAGGUGAGCAAGCUAAUGGUUAGCCAACGUUAGCUGCAUAAAGUACAUUGACUCAAACGUAGCAAGCUAACACAUUAGCUGAUGUGCGGUGUGGUCAGAAAUGUUAACAACUGCUUUAAUGGACUCUCUGUCUUGGUGUUUCAGGUUGAUACGAACAAUCAGUGGACGACUUCGUGACGUGGUGUGGAUGCAAGAUACAACCUCCUGUUUUGUAUUGUUUAUUUUGAAAAGAUAAGAAAACCAUAUAUAAAAAGAGAAUGCUAAAGUUCAUUCUCUGUCAGUAAAAUGGAAAAGGAGCUGUUAAGGGGCGGCAGUAGCUCAGGAGGUAAAGCAAUCAUCCAGUAACCAGAGUGAGUGUGGUCUUGGUUUCUGCUCUCACUAUUCUCGGCUGGUUCCGGCGUUUUCCUGGCCUGUCUCUGCGGGGUGCAGCCACGCUCUUGUUGGCGACUGUUCCUCUGUGACUCCUGGUGCCCAAACCUCUCCAGAGGCACGGGCCAGCUGCUCCCUGACAUCAUUUAAUUUGUUCAACCUAUUCCUUCUCUUUUAGUCUUUUUCUUCAGAAUUAUUAGUGAGCUUGUAUCUUUUAUUUCAUUGUUUGUAAAUUAAUUGUGUCUCACUUUGCUUAUUUGUUAAGUGUUGAUUGUGUUUUGCAUUUGGGGUGAGUGUUUUUUUUAUUCAUAUUUUUUUGUUUGUUUAUAGUGAUGUGAGGGCUGUCAUUAUUGCAUGAUUUCUAAUUGUGUUUCCUUUUUCUUUGACAGGUACUGCAGGCCUUAGGGCGGCAGCGGUCCCCUGGUGGUGGUUCCUGUUUUCACGUUUGGUUUGCUGUCUCAGGGGUGUUGUGUACUUUUUGGAACCUUUCCCCUUUUUGUUACCCUGUCCUGGUUUGUUCUUUUUGUAGGCCCUCAUACCACUGUUGAUUUAUUGCUGCUUAUUUUAAAAAUGUUUGUUUAAUAAAGUAUUUUAACUUUUAAAACCACUUUCUCUCAUCUUUGUGGACUUAAUAGUUUGAACUGCGUGCCUUGGGGAUAGUUGGUGUUCAUAUCCUGGGGUGCAAGUCCCCAGGUAACGUUGUCAAAUUGUUGAAUCUUACUGCUCGCCUUGACACAUAUAGACAUGUUGUGUCUAGGUUUCCAUAAAUCAGUCUUGUUGUUGUUGUUGUUUGUAUCAGUCCAUCUCUCUUUCUGCAUCUUCCUCUAUUCCCUUUCUAAACCCAAUACAGUUUCAGCAGAUGACCGUCACACACACGACAUGUGUGAACAGAGCUGUCGGCUCUGGUGUUUUUCCCCUUUCUGCAUCAAAUAGCUGGUUAGGUUAUUUGAAGCAGAAAGGUAAACACUUGGACAUGAAUGUGCAGAAUAAUAACUAACCAUAAUGGCAAAAACCAUGUCUGAGAAAGAAAACUCUUUGACCUGUUGAUGGACUUUAAUGUCCCAGGGGAUGGUGGGCUCUACACUGCAGCCAGUCUGGGGGGCUCUGAAUGUUUUGGCUUCACUUUGAGGGCCAUGUCAGGUCUCCAGUCUUGUUGUUGUGUUAAAAGACACAGCAGUAUUGUCUCCCUGCUCUUUAGACAGAGCUGCAAACUUUCUCCUGGCUUUCUACCUUGUUGCUAUCGGUUACUGCUCUACCCCAUUACAUUUUUGAUAAAAGACUCCUCUCCUGUGUGAGAGCUGCAGACACGGCUGGAAUGCAUCAUUGACCAAUCACUUGUGUUGGAUGUUGGACAAUGUGCUGUGUGGUCUAACUAAGAAUAUUAGACUUCAUAAGGGAGGAAAAUAGCUCUGAAGGAAUGACAGGUAUGAUAAACUUUUUCUCCAAAUGUAGUCCAGUUGGAAAGCACUUCUAAAUAAAACACAGACGAACAUGUUGCCACAGGUGACAAAUAAAAUAAACUUGUGAAAGUUAAGCGAAUAUAAAGAGGCUGUUUCCAAACAGGGGAGUAUGAAGUCAUGGUUACUAUCACAGGCGCCGCCACCAGAAAUACCAGCGACUUUUUAUAGUAGAAGAAGAUGAUUUCUCGUCAUCUGUGUCUUCUCAACGGUAAAAUAUCUCCUGGGCUAUAAAACAGGUCCUCCAUGUGUGGUGCAGCUCUGAAACAAUGCAGGUAUCUUCAGAUUCUCAACUUCCAGUAACCGCUGAGGCGUUCCAGCUCGGCCUCACUCUCUAAUCUAUCAUCAUGCUGUUAAUUCUGUAGUUACUCCACAUCACGGCUGCUGCUUCUUUAACCGCCACGAUCUUCUACUCUAACUGCAGUAAUACUAACUGAGGAGGAAAUAACAAAGCAGAAGCAAAGACUGGAAAUCUUGCAGCUGGAAUAAAACGCCAAAUUUGGAGGCUGUGUUUGUGAUGUGAAAUCAGUGCAGCUUAGACUUGACUGCCUAAACUUGGAGGUUGCAAAUAGUGAUUAUUAAAAAAAGAGUCAAUUAUAUAUGCAUGUGGCAGAAAUUAAAAUUCAAGCUAACUCUUCUUCCAAUCAAAGGAGAGACAAAGAAGAAGCAGCAGCUGCAAGUGAGCUAGCUGUAGCAUCCCUCUGAUAGAUGGUAAAAGCGCUUUUUAAAAACUCAUUUCAAGAUUGAUCUUUGAAUCCAAAAACAACGAUAGAGGUUGUGCCUCUUUGGGUUAUUUAUCAAUUAUGUAUUUAUACUUUAAUACUUACUCGCUACCAGAAUAAGUAUACUUCAAAAUAAAAGACACUGAAAUGCAAGACAGAAAAAAAAUCUAAACAGAAACAUGAAAGCCCUGUUCCAGAAACAGGGCUGGUGAUUUGGAUAAAUCAUAAACUUUAAAGGUCCUUUCACAGCGAGACCGUUUUUGUUGUGCGAUUAUUUCAGACGUCUAUAUUUUUUUUCGAACCCGUAUCCUGUCAAUACAAGCGUUCACAUCCAACAUGGCUGACCGGCUGAUUGUUUACGUGUCGGGGAACAGAGUGAUUUUUGAUAAAAGACACAAAUAUAACAAAGAUAACGACCUGAAGGACAACUUGUGGAGACUCAUAGCAUUGGAUUUCUCAUAUGAGGAUGGUUACGUGCUUUAACAGUAUGCUAAACGUCUUUGUUUUAACUUUCAUCUGCGCUAAGUAACUUUAGCUCGUAAGCUAACCUGUUCAGAUACAAUAUACCAUAUGUAUUUUCACUGUCUCAAACUCCUGUUACCUUACGUUUCUGGAUUAUAGUUUAAUGUGCUUAUCUGGUACUGGCCCCGACUCAGUACAUGCUAUCAUGACAGACAUCUCAACACUAGAGUCUAAUCAGAACUGAAAAACACUCAGUCUGCUGUUGUGUCUGUCUUCUCGCUUCCACCCGGGACGCGUCUUUUUUCCCAAAAAGUUGCAAAAUCACAUUGCGCUUGAUGUGUAUAGUCCGGUGCCUCAAAAUCCGCCUCCAAAUAUUUUGUAAUUUUGCGUUCUGUAUUCGUGUCGGCUCCAGUGUGUUAGGUCCUUCAGAUCAUUAAAAAAGGAUAAUGACAUUUAAGCUAACUGUGUUCAUUUGUGGAGUUUAUGAAGUGACAUGUUGCUCAACCCUCGUUUUGUCUCGUCCUCGAUUUGACCAAGCUUAAUACGGCUGUAUCAUCACUGCAGUAUUUUAUGGCUUCAACAAUCAUGUGGUGAAAAUCCGACACUGUGACAGUCUCUAGUGCAGUUCAUCAAUAUUUUCAGUUAUUGUGUCCAUCUUGACUGUAUUUGUAACUUAUCUUUUAGCCUCAUCUUUACAGCUAUCACAUGUCAAAAUGUCUUCCACGAAAAAGGCGUAUAUUUAAUUUCAAUCUGUUGCAAGUAAGAGGAGCAGUACAUGUAAAAGGUGGGCGAAAAGGAGGAGUCAUCUUUAAGCAAAGCCUAUAAUACUAUCACGGUGAUACUACACAAAGAUACUGCUGUUAAAGCAUGUUUAGCAAAAAUGGUUUUUACGACUGCUGUCAAUUCAUGAAUGAUAAAUUGAACUGUUUGUUGUUACUGUCAGCGCAGCAGAAAUGACAGCAAGCUUUGAAUUUAAAGGUUCACAUAAGGGGAACAACCUGAUUGCAUACCACUCAACCAACCUGUGUUCAACGCCAGGACACACAUGUAGAGGCUUUUCUUCACUGCUCCAGCGCUAAACAGAAAUCCUGACACCAGUCUGUGUGGGAAUUUCCACUGUGACUGCAGCUACGCUCAUUAAUCAGCCCUAAAAUGCGAUGUCAAACCAUAUUUGUCACAUAUUUAUGAUUCAUUGCAUUAAGAGAGGAGGGAAAAUCUCUCCCCUGAAGCCGGGAUUUCACCCGCGACGAGCGAUCUGAAGGCAAUUUGUUGCUUUGUCAUGUAGAGGUUGCAGAGAUGGAGACAGAUUGCUCUUCGUAGGGUUUUUGUUUGCAUUAAGUUCGCGGCUUAAAAAGAAGCUGGAGGAGUUCAAAACCAACACUGUGUUCAUGCAGCUGGGAAGUAUGAUCGCACUGAUGAUCCUCAGACUGUCUGUGAUCAGAUUACAGAAGCUCCUGCUGACCCAUCAGCUGUUAGAGGAGAAACCAGACUGCCUUAGCUCAGGAUGAUCUAAGAAUUUAGGAAAAUUAUAAAUGACAGCUGUGGAAAAAUAAAAAGCCUAGUUUCUUAAUGUUUGAAUGUAGCUGCUUGACUCCAUUUUUAGUGAAUCAUUACAGCUACUAUGUGGACAGUAUUGAAGGGUUAGAGUUACUGUCAUGGCAUUUUUGUUUGCAGACAUGCAAAGUUGGUGCUGUCUGUAUCUUAUGAUUCAUGGUUGUCAUAUAACAAUGUUGUGAAAAUGAUUUGCAUGCACACAAAUUAGAAAAAAAUGAUUAAUAACACUGGAGUAUGCAAGCCAGGCCAGGCCAGUAGCUGGCGGUGUAACUUUGUGCUGCCUUUGCAUGAGGUUAUUCUUCAUGAGAGGUGAGAGCAACUAAACAAGAGGACAAUGACAAAGACAUGCUCAAAACGUUAUCUUAGUGAACUCAGUUCAGUCAGCAAGGCAGAUUCAGCGUAAUAGUAGUCGACUUCCUGCUUGUGUGUGGCUUUUGACUGGGAAUGUAACAUGCAUGUUCAGAGUUUUAACUGGGUCUGUGUAUGGUCGGUUUAAACAACAACAGACUGGGUGGUGUUUCCAAAAGUUCCCACUUUAGAACCCAGUUUCAAAAGUUUGAAUUUUCAGACACUAAAAUGUUGUUUCUGUGUAAAAGAAUGGCCAAAAUGCAGCAGUGAUUGACUAUUUUCUCUCGAAUCCAUUUCAAUGUAAACGUUCCCUUUGUUUCGAACUGUAAUCCGUGUGGAUUCACGUGAACAACCUUGUUUUCUACCAAAGUUGAACCUUUUCUUUGAUAAUUCAGCACAGGCCUCAGUUUUUAUUUUGGUGAUCAGAUUUUGGGUUUCCAGUAGAUGCUGAAUAAACUCAACCAACAACACUGAGUUUCUGAGUGUGUCAAACACUAUGAGUAUAAAAAUACUGAUAGUCUAACGUUGUUCCAUUUAAUUCAACAUCAGCGUUAUCUUCAUGUUCUUAAUGAACGUUCUUUGUAGAAGUUAACCUGGUGUGGACAUGAGCUUUUUUGUGAAGAGAGAGUGCUAGAUAAUGUCCUAAAGGUUUCAAUCAGAAUUGUAAUUAACUGUAAAGGUAAAAUGAAGUCAAUGUGGAUGUGCCACACCAAACACUGACUCCAGAACAUCAUUCACAAGGCCUCACUCGAGGUCUCCAAGUUAUACACACCCAUUAAAAUAGUGCUUUAGAGUUUGUCCCAGUAAAAAUCUACAGUACUGCAAAAAUCUGGCGCUAACACGUGCCUCAGGGCCAGGAAUUAUUAUGCAAGAGAUGCUCUGUGAAGCUAUAGUCAAAGUUUGCUUGUAUGUUUAUGUUCAUACACAGAAAACAGAAUCUUAUCCCCUUUUAAAAUCAUGGACACAUACUGUUUCCUCCUACUAUCUUGAGAAUGCGUGUUGGAAUAGUUUCUCACAGUUCCUGAACCAUAGAUAUAAGCAUAACCAUAACAGUGUUUUAUAAGUAUGACUCGACAGUGUCAGAAAAGCUUUGCAGAUGUGUUCUUGUGACAACUCCCGCUGUCUGGGAGGGAAAGUAUUACAGAAAUGCCUUCGCAGUUUGGUGAUCCUUUUUGUUUUGAAAGUGGUCCUCAGGCUGUGUCUUUCUUCCCACAGAUCUUCUCAUACUAAUAAAUGUCUGCUUUACAUUGAAGGCUGCCCCACAUGAGAAAAAGGCUGAAUAAAGUGGGUGAUUUGCACCAAAUAAAGACAGAUAUGUAGCUGCCUCCAAAGUGUUUAAGUCUGGUUAUUUUAUCAGAUUUUUAUGGUUGACUGCAGGAGGGACAAAACAAGUGGAAUGUUUUUAAAGUGCCAAAAGGCAAAAAAGAAAACGUCUCGGUCUUAAACAGAGCUUAUCCUGUAGAUGAUAAUAAUAUUUGUCUGUCAUCGGCUUCAGUCGAGUGGUGGUGCUGAGUGUCUAUUGGCAAUGAAGCCACAUGCAAUUCAUUGACAUGGCUCUAAUGCUUUGUCUCUCAAUAGAUGGAUGGUUGCUCCAUCCAAUAAGUUGUGGACGAUUGCCAGUUUCAGCUUAUAGGAAGGGUGAUGUAAUGUUUAUUCAACAUAGGACUAUUUCACUUCCCUGUCAAAGCACGAACUCACCUGAGUUUAUUCAAUCCCCAAAGAAUCCUCGGCUGCUGCAGGGGUGAAGAGACAAUGAUCGGUCUGUGGGCGGUGGGCAGGGCAGCUGGGACGGCUCUACAGACACUGAUGGUGGGGAUAAUGAAGCAUAUUAAAGAGCCACUCCGAUGAAAAUCACGUUUUUCUUGUUGUCUACAUGUUCAUAUGGCGUUUUUCUGAUGCUACAGGACAUAUCAUGAGGAAAUUAAAUCCGAAAUUGCUUUUCUGAGUAUUUCUGCAUUUAAAAUUGAUGUGAAUCUCUGGCAGACCCAAACGGCAGGUUAAGAUACAGUAAGAUUUCCUACGUAGCAAAUCCUAGCUCCGCCCCCGGAGCCCCACUAUGCAGGGCAGAUGAUCACGGAACAAGCGCGUGCGUCGGCGGUUUGCCAUGCUUGUAAGAACGCUAACAAUGAUGUUUUACUUUCAACAUGUCCCUAAAGAGAUUUGUGUCUGAGAGCUGAAUAGUUCCGAUGUUACCUACCACUUCUACUACACUGGCAAUGUUAGGCUGCAAGCUAGCAUGAAGACGAGUGUGCAGAGCAGCGCUGUCUCCGCCCACAACUUAGAGGCGAGUCGCUAAUGAGCGACUGGAGCUCUGCAGAAGAAAAACGCUUGAAAAUGACACAGGUAACGUGGUUUUAGCUAAAAACUUCAUAAUCACAACUUAAAGACCACUAAUAACACUUAAAGUAGUUUUAAAAAAAAAUCAAAGUGGGACUUUAAUAACUUGAGCAACUCAGGGAAGAGGUGGGCAGGGAAAUAGAUGCUUCACUGAAUACAGAGACAAAAACAAACUAAAAGAGGUGGGUUUAGACUUUAGUUUUAACAGUGAAGCAAAUGCAAAAAGUGGUUUUAUCUACAUUCCUUUGUACAACUACUACAACUACAGGGUUGGCUACUUGCUCCACAAUGAAAGACAAGUAAUAUUAUAAUGAAAAUAUAUUAUUUUCUAUGACACUGCAUUAGGUGAAAUUAUCAGUUUUCACUGCGGUGGUGGCCCAUAGACCAGGGUAGCUUUGACCAUCUGUUCAAGUCAUCAAUAAAACUGACUCCCCAUGAACCAGGUCCUUACAAUAUGCAUAAAACAGGACAACAACCACCGGUGAACCUUGACUUAGGCUUGAUAUUGAUACUUUUUUUUCUAUAAACUUGCUAACUGUAUUCUUGGCUCCAAUAAAGUGAGGUCCCUAGAAUGUGGUUGCAAAUACAAGACCUCACAACGGGUGUAAAACAAGUUUACACAUGUCCAUCUGUGUGUUGGUCUUUAGUGUCAGAGGUGUCUACAAGGACUGAUUUAGACCAAGAGAUUUUCCAUGAGCUUUCUUGCUUUACUUUAGACCCUAAACAAGGUUGAGUCCAAAGUUUGUAGUUUUAAAUAAAGUUUCCACAAUGUGUGUAAAACAGGUAAACAUAUUCUCCUCCUUUGCAAAUAAGAGAACCAUCUAUAAUCUGCUUAUUUCUUUUUAUAUUGAAAGGUGAUCAAAUAAAUCUCAUAAGACUGAUCAGGACUGUUAAAUUUCCUUAUAGCUUUUUAGCUCCAGCUUCUACCAUCUGUAUUUUCUCACAUAAGUCCCCACAUUGUGAGUAUGGUGUGUGCACAUAUCUCAAUCAGUGCUGUAGGAGCACAGAAGCUAUUUGCAAUGACUAAUUAAGACCACCGACACCGUGUAAGUUUCCAGUUUCACUCCCCAGGAUGUCGUUUUGAGCGAUGGUCUCCACAAUGUAUGUAAAACAGGUGUGCAUUAAACCCUUUUUCUGUAGAUAUAAGGGUGUGAAAAGUAGUUUUGCUUUGAGCUCUAAAAUUAUAUGUCUGUGCCGUACCAAAUACUUCAGAUGAUAGGAGUGGUCCUCGCAAGCAUUCAUGUAAAACAAUAUGAAAGGAAAUGAUAUCUCUGUAGCUACUAGACUUGGCUGUGUUUCAUCAGAAAUAUGCAAAAACUUCAGAUAAACAUGUUAGCGCUCUCAACAACAACAAGAGCCGGUGACGGGGAUGAUAUUUUGAUAAGAAUUUAUUCGCUGUGUUCAAACAGAUCUGUCUUUUGAAGUGAGAUUAAAUGAAUGACAGGAAAAUUGAGAGAGGAUGCCAAAGUGGAUGAAAAACAAAAAAAUUGGAUGUCACACCUAUUGUUUUGGUACGCAGUGUUCAGGCCAAACCGCAAGUCUUAGCAGGAGGGAGGGAGGACAGUGGACUCAGAAAAAACAGGUCAGUGCACAAAUGCUUCAAUCCCAGCUUCUUCUACCGAACAUAAUCCUCGGUUUUAUUGUUUUAUUUGGCAGGUUAGACUCUGAAGCUACUCCAGCAACCAACACUAAUGUCACUGCCGCACUCUGCUGAGUAUUAUUGCCGCCUUUUUACUACGAGUGAUGCUGUUGCUGCUGCUAAUGGUUGCUACAACCUGUGCUGGCACUUGGCUGUCUAUUUAUGCGACAAACUCUUACGUUGAUUACACUUUUACACUACACAUCCGGCCAUUUUUGCAAAAUUCGUCACUGCUUUGAUCGCUGAUGCUACUCCCACUGGUGUGCUGUUUGCUCUGGAAUUAAUGGUAAUCAAUUCAAAGGCCUGCUAAACAAAUGGUGUAAUUUCUCUGAGACAGCAAUUCUGAAGUUCUACAGAGAUGUAAAGGUGAGAUUUGAGGGAAGUUUGUUCACAAUGCAACACGUUGAUGUCACAGGCAGUAGAAUCAUCUGUGGCUUUAAAGGGAUAUUCCGGCGUAAAAUUAAGUUCAGGUCCAACAAACCGUAACACAGAGUUAGACACCCCCUCCAUAGAUGAAUCUUGCCGACCGCUUUCCUCUCUAGUUAAACCAACUUUAGUAACGACCGCACGAUAGCAAUACAGAAAGCCAUGCACUCAACCAAAAAGCCACUCUAUAGCCACAAAUAAUGCUCAGAACAGCAGCUAACUUCAUCAACAGUACAUAUAGGGUCCUAGCCAUAGUACUAGCCACCAAACAUCUUUUCGACUUUGCCUGAUUUCUUUUGCAAAGAGACUAAACACAACUCACCUACUCUCCUCCAGCAGCCACUUGUUUGUAUGGAGACUUCCGGGGAAGUUAAUCUCAUGCACCGGGGAUGUGCAGCUCAAGGAAGAACAUUUAUGAUCAUUACUUUAUUAUUUCCUUGAAGUAAUAAUCACCUUCUGCCUUAGCGUCUCGGUCUGAUUGCAUUUCCAUGAGGUAAUGAUCAUAAAUGUUCUUCCUUGAGCUGCGACACCCCGCUGUAGUCGAUGGACUUGCCUGGAGGUCUCCGUACAAACAAGUGGCUGCUGGAAGAGAGAGGGUGAGUAUUGUUUGCCAAAGUAAUUAGGCAAAGCUAAAAAGAUGUUGGGUGCCUAGUACUAUUGCUUGGACCCUAUAUGUCCUGUUGAUGAAGUUAGGUGCUGUUCUGAGCAUUAUUUGUGGCUAUAGUGUUUUUUUUAUUGUGCGCUUGGCCGUCUGUAUUGCUUUCUGCGGUCGCUACUAAAGUUGGUAUAACUAGAGGAGCAAGCGGUCAGCAACAUUCAUCUCUCGAGGGGGUGUCUAACUCUGUGUUACAGUGUGUUUGACCCUGACUUAAUUUUAUGCCGGAAUAUCCCUUUAACAGCUCAUGAUGUGACAGACGUUCUGCAGACAAGAGCAGAGCAUGAAAGUCACAACUUCUUCUGAAAUACAAUAUCCAGUCACAAAAGAGUUAAUUGCAAUAUAUCCCAACGUAUAAUACUUUAAAUUGCAGAAUCUCAUUGUGGUGUAAUGACUUAAGAAUUUUAAUAUCAUAUCAUUGAGUAGCUGGUGAUCCCUACCCUUAGUUUCUCCAUUCAUAACCGCUCUAAAGAUGUGGUUUUUUUUCCCCAAACAUAUGAUCGCUUCACAGAACCCUGAGUCUUCAAGUUAUGCAUAAUUAUGGGCGUCGCUGGUUUGAUUGACAGGCUGGUACAGCUAGCUGUCUGCUUGGUGCCACCUCAGCGAUGAGUCACUGAAAUUAACCCAUCAGUCAUGUUCGUGAUGUUGGUGCGUAUAGCAGCAGACUUACAAUGGACUUCACCACCACCGCUGCUUGACAGUACUGAGGAUCUCAAGAGCACUCCUUCCUACAACUUUAUUUUCGAAUACAGAUCAAAACAAGAUGAGCUGGAGGAAGGGAGGGAGGAGAAAUAUGGAAAUGGAGAAAAUGAGGCAUAAGGGGGGUUGGCAGUGUAAUGAGGGGUACAAGUGUAAGUGGGGUCAUGGGUUUAGCAUUGCUCAGUCAUGUUCUCAUGCGGCGUUGCUACAGGCGGAACUGUGCCAAGUUGAGGCUCACGCUUUAUGUAAUCUUUAAGAGGUGGAGUGUCAAGCUCUGCUCAGAAUCAAACCCGCCUUUGUUUAGCAAAACACUUUCUAAUCUGUGACCUCUGAAUAUUAUAGACAUGUAUUUUAAAGGAAUUCGACAGCACCAGGUAGACUCGAUGCAUCCCUAAAUGUUAACUCAGUUUCCACGGUUACUGAGGUACCGCAAAAAGGAGGCGGAGUUAAUAUUUCGAUAUGCAGGAUACUGUAUUCUUAAAUUAAAGGCAUAUUUCUGAGCAGGUCUGCAGCUCUCUGCUUUUGGAUUGGUGCAUGAAAAUGUCACAGUCUGACUCCGAGCCAUUAGUUCCAGGCCCAUCUGAAUGACAUAACCAUUACAUCAAAGUCCACUGUGUAUUCACCUCAUGUUUAAAACUCAGACUCUUCAGAUUAUAAUGCUGCUUUGAAAGAUGAGAGACACGUUUUCACAACUACAACUUUGCUGAGUCUGCAUGCUUUGGCACAGGACAGCUAAGAUCAGAACCUUUGAACCAAACGGUGCAAUUUCAAAAAUUAGAAAGCUGUCAUGAUAUGUUCUGUUAAGGUGUGUUCCUGGUUUUAUUUGAGUGCAUUCUGUGUAUUUUCUCCUGGUGUUUCUGUUCCCCUGUAGUCCAGUCUUGUGAGUUUUCAGUUUGUGUUUGACUCUGUUUCCCUCCUGUUCUCUGUAGAGGUAGAAAACCACUGAUUCUGUAUUUAAUGUUGGAAAUCCUUGGUCUCAUGACUCCAGCUGUCUGCUCUAAACUGGACUCUAAAGAUGCCACCGGUGGGUUCAGGAGGGAGCCAAACGUGGACCUGAAAGCACAAGUCUUCUUCUUCUGCUGUCUUUGCUGUUUGGUCUUUGUCCUCUCUUUUUUAUGGCGGUUGGCAACAAAAAAAGCUGCUACAGCUCCACUUUGAACAAAUAAGAUACACAGUUUGACUGUAUGCUUACUUUUCACACAAUAACAACAUGUCCUUUUUGAAGAAAGGCAGAAAUUGUCAAUAUCAGCACACACACGCUGUUAGAUGCAUCUAUAUUUACUUUUAUGGUUGAGCAACCCCUUCACUUCCACCCUUGUCUUAAGAGGUUUUGCAGUCAAAAGAUAUUUCUGUACAUAAGUUGCACUAAACAUGAGAUGGAGUACACACCAAACAGUCACAACAAAUGUGGAAAAUAACAAAUAGUCCAGAGGAAAGUGCAUAUUUGGACAGAGUGUAGAAAUUUACAAGCAGUCCAAGCAAAGUUUGAGUGCAUGUUCUUUAUUACGGCAAUAAAAUCCAAGAGAGGAUCCACUGACCUGAUUCUGUGUACAUGCUGACUUAGCUUCAGAGUUUUUCUGCAAAACAUCCAGUGCAAAUAAAUCACAAAAAUGAGAGUAAUAUAGUAAAGAAAGUAAGACAGAUUGUCUUUGGUUGGGUAUCAAAUCCAGACCAUUUUUCAUCACUUUUUAGCAAGUGCAAUGAGGGAUUACAAGCAAGGCUAGAACUCACCAGUGACCAAUCAGGUGUCUUGGCUGCAUCUGUGAGUUGUAUAAGACGCUGUGUGGUCUCAUCCUGAGAAUGAGAUCGAGCAUGUUCAGCCUCAGAAGACGCAGAAAUGGCUCUAAAAGUAUGACAGGUAUGAUAAACUUUCCUUUACCCAUCCAGUUGGAGUGUAGGUCCAAAUAGCUCACAGGGGGGAAACAGUUGCUACAGGUGAAAAUAAAUAAAAGUCAACCACAGUCCAAUCCUUCAAGGACGCCCGUUCAGGGGGUUUUAGGGUGAGGAGUUUUCAAGUGGAUCUGAAACUAUCUGAAAUUAAUGCUGAUGCAUCUUCAGCAGUUUUCAGACAAAUUUCUGUAAAUUUCAGGAGCUCUGACUCGGAUAUUUAUCUAACUCUACUGUUCACACUUAACAUCCUCACAGCGUGAAGCCUGUGUGUUGGAGAGAGGAGCGAAGGAGGGAUCUCAGGCUGAUCUUCAAAAACACUGCAGGAUGUAAUGUUUUACAAUAUUGUCCAAGAUCCUGAUCCUUCCACAUCUUUUAUUUCUAUUUCUCUUUACUUGGUUGACUUUACCUGAUUUCCUUUCAACCCCAAGUAUCUGUGUUUUUGCAUAAAUUCAGAGCCGUGUUAAUGUGAACGAUUGCAUCAAACAUUACUGUCAGAUCCAGAACUGUGAGUGACAAGAUCUCAGUUCAGCAUUGGUAUUAUUUUGAUCCUAGCUGCCUUCCUUGCUCACAUAAAAUGACAUGUGUUUGUCUCUUCUGAUCCACUGCGUAGAUGAAGGGUCAACAUUUUCAACGGGAAGCACUUCUCCGCCUUUUCUCUUGUUGAGGUAACUGGUCGGGUUCCUCAGGACUUUUGUGUCCUCUGCGCUGGAUCACCGAGCAAAACAAGGGAGGGAGGAAGUGUAUCCUCUCUACUUCACGGUUCGUCUUUUUUAGCCCACGUGGCUUUCUCCUCGCCACCUCAUGUAUGGAACCUUUUCAGAAUCAGGAUGCCAUCACUUUUGAAAACAGAGAGGCUCAUUUAGCAAUUUGCACAACUUCUAGCAUGCACAUUCGUCAAAGUUGUGAUUGCUUUUACAUGCUUUUAGCAGUGCAGAGAACAGAAGUUUGAAUGUCUGAAAGGUGGUGCUAAGUGCAAUCCCAAGAGGCUUUAUUCACUGGUUCAACUCCGAUACACAAAUCUACACUGCAUGUCUUCCUCCCUUGUUGACUAUUCAGUUGACUGAACAAGUGAAGUGUCUUUUAAAGGACAUGAGUCCAACCACAAACCCUGCAUCGGAGCACCCACACCUGAAUUCAUGUCACAGUUGAAGAACCAGGGCUCCUCUCCCUGCUCAGGACAGCCCUGGUCUCGGAGUGAUUCCCCCAGCGACCCUUACAGUAUGCUGAGUGAAUCCCUCUAAUCUUGUUGGUCACGGAUUAGAAAAAGCUUCAGAUUCUUGUUUCCAGCUUUGGUUAAUUUGGUGACCUUAUCACUGCAUACUGUUAUUUUGUGGACACCGUGUCUCCAAACAGGGCAGGUCCUGAUUAGCUGAGAAUGUGCGGGACACGCCGGUGAACGCCCUCUUGUUUUGCUCCACAACACCGUCCACCUCCCUGCUCAGUUUAUGUUAAGAGUGAUCUGACAGCAUGUGGAGCACAUGUGCCGGCCGGCCGGCAGCGGUGUCAUGAGGUGUGUGUGCAAUGUCACUGUCAGAUAGUCGGGAGCUGCCUAACACUUAAACGCUUUUAUUCUGCAGCAGCUUUUAAAAACAGAAGAUCAGAACUUGCUGAUAUUGAAGAUGAAAGUUUGCUGGUGAAUCAUCUAAUCAGCAGAGUUUGUCUCAUUAAGAGCAGCACAAUAUUCUGGCAAACUGAAUCCACCUUGAGAGCCGGUUAUAAGUUAAAAAAAGGAAAUUGUUGCAGUGUGGUUUGGCACUGCCAGGUGGUCCCUCUCGUCUUUAUAGUAGAGAACACAGCAUUGAGAAGUCUUUCUGAGCCCAUGCAGCGACCUCCACUACAGAGUCAUGUCUUUUUUUAAGAUAGUACUGUCUUGGGUCCAGGAGAUCAUGACCACCCAGCACUGGUUUUGUACAAAUAUCUCCCCAGAUUAUCUGAAUUAUAUUAUGUAACGUAUAAAAUUCCCCAAACUCUUUGCAGUUCUACGCUGAGGAGCUUGAUAAUGAAAUUGCUCAUGCAGUCUCUCACAAAGUGGUGAACUCCAUCCUGUCUUUACUUCCAAUGACUUUGCCUCUCUGUAAUAUCAUUUUGUACCAUAACCUGCUGCACAUAAACCUAAUUCGUCAGGAGCUGUUCCUCUAGUUGAUUUUUCAGCGCUCUGUUUUUUGCAGCUAAAUUCCAGAGGAUACAGAAUGGCUGCGCUUCGCUCCAGAAUGCCAGCCUGAUCAAAUACGCAAGCAUUAUGAUGUACAACGCGUGUGAUUCCACACAAUGUGUCUGCAGUUUGGGCUCCGCUGCGGAUCGGAUAAGUUCUAUUUUUGCUGGACGCCGCAGCACAAUGCAUUUUUUCAGUGCAGCGCAGCACGGGGGCAGCGGAAGUUGUGUGCAUGUUGUAUCUCAUUCAAUGUCUCAUGGUGGAAUGUGCAAGAUCUCGUGAGAUCUUGUCCAGUCUCGUGAGAAAUAUUGGUAAUAUUGAAAGUGCUUCUCCUCCACUUGCGGCAGUGGAUCGGAUCUGCAUUUGGUGGAAUCCCAAAGUUAGUGUUUUGUCCUUUUUCCGGCUGCGUUUAAAAGUGUUACUGACAAUGAGUUAAAAAAUAUACAUUAAAUAUAUUUUCAUAAACCGAUCAUUUCCAGUUUCACCGUCUAAUACAUGUUCUUUACUUUGUUUUUUGUUAAAUUAAGGUGAUCUAUGGAACCAUGGACAUCUGUUUACAUUUUCUGGACUGGGUUUGAAGUUGAAGGCAGAUCUAACAGUCUUCAGGGUUUAUCUGAACAGCAAAUUUAAGAUGCUUUAGCUUUAUCAAAAGUUGGAACAGUCUAUAAUGAUGCUGUAAGGUCCUUUUUAUCUGCAGAAAUAAUGUGUUUUUUAAUCCUUCAAAGCUGCACCGUUUACUGCCUGAUUUAAACAGUUGUUAACCCAGACAACCAAAGAAUGAAAGAUGGUUUAUAUUUCCAAUUCUGGACAAAUGAUUUUUCGUUAGAUAAACUGUCUCACAUGUUGAAUAUCACUUUCAGUUGCUCACUGUUGGACUCUUGCAGCUUCUUUCCCCUCCUGCAGCACACUGAUCAUGAUUGAUUGUUGGGAAAAAGUGGUAAUGUUGCAGCGCUGGAAUGCACAUUACAUCAAGAUUCUCACACCCCUACGAAAUUCCACCACGCCGGUGAGUCGAGGCGUCACAGACGGACUUAAAAUACGCCUGGAAUCUGCAUUAAUUCAUGGUUAAAAGCACAGGGAGGACUUGUUGCUCUCUGUUUAUAGAGAGAUCUCCCGGUUGCAUCUGUUUUUGUCUUGCCUCCACCGCUCUGAGUCUGAGUCCAUUUAAAGGCAGCAAAGCAAACAUGGUCUCUUUCAUGUACAAGCUUUCAGGCCUCUGUUCUGGACCCAUCUAUCUCAUAAAAUAAAGGUUGGUGACACUUCACGGGCUGCUGAGUCACAUUAGAGAAGAGCCUGGAGGACGGUGCUGCAGUGUAAUCAACUGAAACCUCAGACACCAACUUUACCCACCUUUUUACACGUUAAUUUGAACAUCCCCUGGGUUUUCUUUCCUCUAAUUUGGACAAUGUUUUAUUAUUCUCUCUUCUCCAUCUGCAAAUAAACAAACUAAGCCGCCCAGUGAUGAAUGGUAAUGCCCUGAGCUUUGUCCGCGAUCCCUCUGUCUGGUGUUAAUUAGCGCUCAGGGGCUGACCAUGACGUGAUACUGGGUCUGAUGUCAUGGAGUCCAGCAACCUCGCAGGUCAGACGCCACAUUGCACACUGCCGCUUUGAUGCUCAGAAACAUUGACUCAUUUGUUUCAGUCCUUGGGUGGCAUUGGAUAUCAUCUUCCUGCACAUCCUGUGAAUGUUUGUUCUCAGAGAUAUUCGACUGUUCCCGUUUGUCCGGAUCUGCCAGGUGGCAGGAGAGUGAUUCCCUCCCAAACAGACAACAGAUUUUUUUUUUUUUCUUUCUCAGCAGACGGGACAACAACAGUUGCUGUAGUCACAACAGAGCUUGGAAACACUUCUUCUUUUUCUCAUAGCGUGUAAUUACAAGACAGUUUAGUUGUUUAACUUGUAAUGACAUUGUUGGGGCGGUUAAGGAAUGAAUCUAAUUUGUCUAUAAAACAAAGCAGAACUAGCGAAGCUAAGAAAUGAAACAUUUAGCUUCCCCAGAUGAAUUACCCGAAUACCUGAGUCCAAACUUUAAUUCAAUCUCCAGCUCAUGUUUUUUUCAUUUGUAUUGAAUGAGGGCUUUACUCCUCAGCUGUAAAAUUCUGACAGGCUUCAUAUUACAGUUAAUACUUAAGUACUGUACUGACCUGAAUAUGAGGCAGGGUUUUUUUUCAAUCCUAAAACUACAAGUGAACUGUCUCACAGUCAGGGUUUUUAAAGUCAACCUAUUAGAUCAUGUUUUGUCAUAUUUACAGUAUCAGUUCUACGAGGUGAGCAGAGACUUGUUUUGAAAUCCACUCCCUUUGUGAGGCCGACAACUUUCAGAGAAGAAAAUAAAUGGGCAAAAUUUCUUGGUCCGAUUAAAAAUUUGAGAGAUCUGAAAAUCUGAAUCCACUGUUUAUAUGGGCGCAAAAUCUAAUGAUCCGAUCAUGACGUGUGUACAUGUGUCAAGCUUUAUUCCGAUUAGAAGCAUUUGGACAUGCGCAGAGUUGUCUAAUUCCGCUAAAACAACCGCAAAAGAAGAGUUGUAUUGAUGCCUGUGCUGUCAACAAACGCGGUAGUGGCUCACUUCCAUCAAGUUUUCUCCCUGUUAAAUGUUGUCACUAAAUGGCGCCCUUGCUUACUUAUCAUUAUUACGAUUUAUGUAUGCCUUGUUAUGUCAUCGAAGGAGCAGACAUGGCUCUUGCAGUUGUGUUUUGUGCCAGAGUGUUGAUAAUGAAACCUCUUGUACUGACCUCAAGAAAUAGGCCAAAGGCUAAAGAGUGAAGACCGAGUCAGGUUAGAGAGUCACGAUUGGAAUAAUGUUUACAUUGAUCGGCAUUAACCUCCCCUCUCGAUCAGACUACAAUUUCUUUCCAAUUGAGCCGAAUUGGAUCAGAAUCUUUCAAUCGACAUGUUGACAUGAUACAGUUUUAUUCUGAUCAGGCAUUUAUUCGGAUUAUUUGUGUCCAUGUCAACGCAGCUACUGUGUUUAUGUAACAUCAACACGCUUAAGCAGAUCUCUCAAAAAUGAAGAUACUCUGUGAUGACUUCCAAACAAGCCUAAGUGAAGAAGUCUUGUUCAUCGUUACCUAACUAGAAUAUACAGGCUGAUUGUAUCAGCUGACCCGAAAAGGUCCUACGUGGAUUGAUCGAUCAACAAUCUUUAUUUAUAUAGCACCAUUUCACAACAACUAUUACUUCAAGACACUUUCCAAGAAGAUCAUACUGUUCAAUUUUAUUCACAAAGACCCAACAUCAACAUAGGAUAAAACUGAGUCCCAGACCUUCUCUGAUGCCGUCCAAAACUAGCAUGAGUGUCACACUUUGCAGCAUUUACCAAGUUGGAGUGUAGAAGAAAAACUUCCUAUAAACAGGCAGAAACCUCGAGCAGAACCAGAAUCAUGUUGGACAGUCAUCUGCUGAGACUGUAUUUGGGUUGGAGAUAGAGAGAUGAGACAAAUAACAACAAGAGUUGUAUUAAUGUUUGUGUUGGUUCGUGGUCAUUCAGUGUUCUGUGAUCGUGCAAAUUUGUUGUCUGUUUGUUUUAUGGUCCCACAGAAUCAUACCUGCCUCUUGGUUUCCUGCUGUGUUUUAUCAAAUUUUUUAAAAAAAAGUUAUCGAUAGAAUAAUUGACAAAUUGUGAGCCUGGAUGUUUCCAACUAGUUUGAACAUGGGGUUUAAUUUUUGAAGAUCUUUAAAGUCAUUUUAGUUUUUAUUCAACUGAUAUCAUUUUGUAAAUCCAGUCUGUGAUUGCUGAAGGAAUUGGAUUGUUUAAAAAGUUGAUAUUUGGGAAAACAUUGAGGGAAACCUUCGAUAAUUCAAUCAACUAUAGAGCAUUUAACUCUCAGGACAUGCACAUAGCUUUGUAUUUUCUUUGUGUAUAUGUAGUGAGCAUGUGCACGUGUUGCAUGCAUUUCUUUGUCUACCUCUGCAUGUAAGCCCAGAGCUCUCCCUCCAUCUUCAAGCUCUCUGGCUCCAGUUGCCUCUUGUUGAACCACAAAAGCCCCGUGACUCUGCCAACGAGCCGGCACAUAUCUGCUUGCAAAGUAUUUGCAACAUUUUUUAUUCAGGUGUCUGUAGUGACAGCAACGCUGUCUUUGCUGGCAAGUUGGCUCCAACGUGUGUCAGAGCAAGCAGGAGCUUGUGCAAGGCACCUGAUCAGCGUACCAGUCAACCGAAGUGUCAGUUGUAACGAAAACGAUAAAAACAGUUUAAGAGAGCACAAAGGGGGUGUCAGGCUGCCAUGUAGGACUAAGGUUACAUGUUGGACGGCGAGGUUGACUGAAACACGGUUAAAGCAUUUCACUAUGACAACUUCUAUUGACGUUUGUAUUGUUCAUCUCAGGUAUCACUCGUACUGUCAAACAGCUGCAGGAGAGAAAAACUUGCAGAGAUUUGUCAAGCAUUUCCCAGCUUGUGUUUGAUUGCAGCCAGACAUGUUUCACAUAGAGAAGUGCUUACACAAACACAGACACUAACUCCACAAGCCUGAGCCUUCAAAAUAAUCCAAUUAAAAUGUGUUUUUCUUUCUCUUUGCAUCUGCUGUGAGGACCAUCAAACAGCUCCAAGAUCACUUAUCAUUUAAAGGUGUUUGCAUGAAGUUCUGGCAGCAUUUGGGGAUAAAUUUGGGAUUUAAUGAUUGCAGAAAAUAGAAAAUCUACAACUUACUUUACUUCUUCUUUAAGUUAUAGAGUUUAACAUGUUAGAACACUCAUUUAAAGACACUGACAAAAUUAAAACAUGCUGCAAUUUCAAGAAAAACAGAGUUUACUCACCUUUAGCUUUACUGUUGUAGCAGGUAAUAGGUGAUAUUACAAAAACUGAUUUUAUUGCAUCAGUCUGAAUAAAACCAGACUGUUAAGAUCCAUGUUAGUGUGGCUGUAAUUGCAGUGCAAUUGAUGAAAGUUUCCAAAGCAACAUCAUCUCGUGUCAAACAUCUGCACACUCACUCUCAAACAUUGGUGAAAUUGUUGCACUUUUAAAAAGAAACACAGUCUUAUAUUAAAUCAUUCACAUCACAAACUUUCAUUUUCCAUCUGGUUUUAUUUUUUCUUUGAACGGUUUUGGUUUCUGAAUAUGGAAAACAGGGAUCUUUUAAGAACCUGGGGAUAAGUUCAGGUUCCGUAAAUAUGUAAAAUGGUUAUCAAAGUGGAUAACAGAUAUAAAGUUGAGCGUAACGGAGACUUAAAAAGCUGAACUCAACAGAAACCUCUUCAUGAAGCAGCUCAAAGUCUUCAUUUCAGCCCCGUGUUUCCCUCUUUUCUGCUUUGCUUAUCAUUUCUAUCUGGAUAGCCUCUCGAACAUGCUUUGUCAUACAGGUAGAGUUCAGGUAUGGGAUGUAUUAGCCGUCUCUUCGGGCUAACACAAACUUUGAACAUCACAGAGCACCGAAAAGGACAAAAGAUCCAAUGUCAUCCAAACUAACGUGGGUUUUUCUAUUUUCCUUCUGAUGAGUGCAGCAGGCAGGGAAGAUCACUGCAGAAAUAUGUUAAUAUUUUCUUUUGCUAUGGUCAAAUAUUGAAUCUAUCCCCACCCAUUUUUGAUAUGGCAGUUGAGGCAUGGUGUCGGGUUUACACAGUGAUGUUAAAUGAAAGCAUAUUGUGUUUGACAGGCUGUUUCGUUUUUGGGUUGAAUUCUGCCAGAGGAAAAAUCUCCAUGUGACGACUCUGUCAAAGAAGAACAAUAAGGCUGUGAUGAGUAUGACAUAAUAUUUUGGUUGUCACAAGUGUUUCGUGGCGACAGCGGGUUGCAGAAGUGAAGGAUUCUGAAUGGAAUUUGAGAGGAAGAGCAUUUGUCGCGUGGGGGAAUAAAAGAAACCAGCUGAAGACUGAAGACAGACAGAGCAUAUCAAGACAAGUCACAAAAGUAGACAGAGAUCAAGUUCAGACAUUUCUUUAGGCUUAAACUCCAAAGUGGUGGUGAGUCAGGAAAUCAGACCCCAAUGCUGAUGUUAGUGAGUGUGCAUUCAGUUUAGAAUUUUGAGCAGCUUCACUUUACUGUUAGAAAGCCUCUUUAUUUUAACACUCUUCCCAAAUAUGUUCCUCCAGCUGCAGUGCACCGAUCAUCUGCUCGAGGUCAUCUUCAAAAAGGACAAAAAACAGAAAACAAACCCACGUGCAUACAGAUGGAAUUUGAGGCAGAUUUGUUUUAAAAAAUUAUCUCCACACUUACAGACUGAAUGAAUAUUUCUCUGUCUGCACAAACAGGGAUGAAAAUUUGGGACUAGUCCUUCCCAUCAAACACCAGUAAAGAACAUUUUGUGCAUUUUAAGGGGGCAGCAAUAAUUACAUGAAUCAUGUUCUUCAAACUGUGGUUUUAUGGUGGAGUAGUUGUGUUUCUUUGUAAACACAGAGUUAAACUGGAGCUGCCAUCUUAGUGCAUGUGCUUUACAGACAGUAUCAUAAACUAUUACCAUGCACAAGUUGAGGUAGAGUCUCAAAGAACUUUAGUUUUUACUGUUCAGACAAAUAUAGUUAAGGCAUUUUAAAACCUCAUGUCAAUUCUUUAUAAAACUAACUUUAUCAGAUUAUUGAAGGAGUUUUGAACGUUCACAUUUGCACAUACGCAGUGAAAUACUCUCAUUUGGAGCUGCACAUUGUGGUGAAGUUAGGGUGACCAUAUUCUGAAUCCUCGGGUCGAGUGUUUUAUAUGCGCUUCCAAUUCAGUAAGUCCACGGUACGCAAACUCAAAACCUCCAUACAAAGCCCAGACAUUUGAAGGAUUUUAUAAACUUCCCCCCAGACAGGCCGGACAGCCCCCCAAAAGAAGGCAUGUCCAGGUAAAAAAAGGACGUAUGGUCACCCUUUUUUAACAAGCACAAUACGCUCAUAUUCAUCUGCAUGUCAAGAACCUUUUAAUACCAAGUAUUUCAAGAGAAAAAAUGUCUUAAAAGUGUAUCUCCAUAAAACAGAAAAAAAAGUAAAGUAGAAAUUCCAAGAAAAACAAAGAAACAGGAAACUUGGCUCUGAGUCAAUGAGAUAUGAAACAGAGAAAUGGAAGCAAAUCAUAAAAUAAUCUCAGUAGGUGUUUCUCUUCUCUCCCCCCUCAUGUUUGAAACAACAGGUGAUUUAAUAUGAUUUAAAACCCCUGACUGUUGCAGCACCAAUUAGCUGGGUGUACAUUUACAUGUGUCUGGGCCUCAUGGACACUCGUAGAUCAUACUGACUCAAGUGGGAGCUGUUUGGCCUGGAGCUGCAUGAAUGAAUUAUGACAGUUUCCAGCUCCAACUUGGAGGGCCCCCGUGUUCAGGGGAUGAAUCAAGUUCUUACAUCGCCAAACUGUCCAUCCCAACAAAUCACCCCGCACUCGGCUUAAAACCGUAUAUUUCUGCAAACAAGAAGUGGGUGCAGUGACACUCGCUCAUUAAUUUUGUUUAAGGGUAAUAAAAAUGUACGAUGGUCGUUACUUUAUGAUGACUGAUGAAUACUCUGUGGUUAAAGUUGUGUUUCUCUAUGACAGAUUAUUUGAUUAUACUCGAGAAAACCAUAAUGUACAGUAGAAAUGUAUAUACUGUAUCAUUCUUAGAGUACUGAUUAAGUUGCAAAAGAAGGAGAUAGGAACUAAGGGAACAGCUUUUAUUGAACAGGUGCAUGCUCUGAUAUAUUCCUUUAUAAGUACAGUAUAAACUCAUAUAUAUACACUAUAACCCACCUGUUUCAAUCUAACUUAAAGAUAAGAAAAUACCUGAAAUACUAAAGUUGAGCAAAAAUUUCAACUGGAUGUGAUUUUAAAAAUCUGAUAUUCAUAUUUUGGUGUGUUGUGUAAAACAGGGAGCAUGUCCACAAAUCCAAAUCUAAAGGACAUCAGUUGACUUUGCUUAAAGGUGGGGUAGUCAGGAUCUGAGGAAGUGCCAGUUUUUAGGAGAAAUCUUGAAUGUAAACUCUACCCCUCCCAACCAGUUUUCCCCUCAGCUCCUCCCUCUCUUCUCCCGCAAGCCCCGCCCACAAACAGACGCGCCUGCUCGCUCGUAUCGUUCCAAUUAAGUUCAGAUAUAAUGCAGAUAAAUACUUCAGAUAAUUACAAAUGGAGCCCAGUCAAGGUGAAGUAAAAAGCAUUGGUGCUACUGUAGAUGCCAACAGACUACCAGCAAACACAAUGUUUGCAGGACUUCUACAACGAGGAUAAAGUGACAUAGUCCAGGACCCGAGAUAAACAGUUUAGCGGCGCUACAACACGCUACAGCAGGUCCGUUUGACAAGAAACACUUCUGUUACAGACACUUGCCUUACUUUGUUGAAGCGGUUUACCUGAGUCUCCGGUAUUUAGUUUGUUUUCUAUCUUGUGUUGGUGGUCGUGGCCAAAGGAGGAUUCAGACAAUUUUUAGAACUUUCUGGUUGGUUUCUACUGUCCGAUAUUGUAGCACGCUAACUUUGUUUGGGCUUUGUUCACAGUCAGAAAGAGUGGAGCGCUCUGAAAUUUUAAAAUGUUGACGACACAGACAAGACAAAACACAGCGAUAUCGUUAUAUUACCAAAUGUCAUCAAUAACUUAUAGGUAUUGACUGAUAUUUAAAGCUUUUUUUGUAUAUAAACCACUAAUAAUAUGCUUCUGUAACGGAUUCCUGCCUACCCCACCUUUAACUUACACCAACAUCUUGUAAAAGAGGUGAUACCAUGAUCACAGCAUGCUGCCUUUAAGUGUUAUCACCAUCAGACUAUCACUUUAUUUUGCAGGACCGAUAACCUGCUCAUCAGACGGGGAUUCUGCAGAGACAGACGCUGAAAUUAAAAACAUUGAAACUGACUCCGAGCUUAACAUCCCGCUCCUCACAAACCAAGUGCUCUUUUUUCUUUCCUCCACACUAUUUGCUAAUGAGGGUCAGUGUAAUUGUUGCAGGAAACACCGCGCUGAUCAGAGGUGCAAUUUGAGGGAAAAUGAGGUUCUGUCGGAUGACCUCAUCCCUUUGGUCGGGCAGGCCGAGCCCCGAGGCUUUUCUGAUUUGUCUUCUUGGGUCAACAGAACCACAUAUGUGGAUCGAGAGAGUGCGUGCGCAUGUGUUUGAGUAUGUAUGUGUGUGUGUGUGAGCGUCGCACACUCAAGUGAUGUCAGCCCAGGGGAAAAAGGCCAGUGAGGAUGAGUCUGGGUGAGGAGCUGAGCUGAUUAGACCACCUACGAAUGAUUCAACGCCAAUUCAGGGAGAUUUAGUGGAUUUUCGGUGGACUGGCUCCUCCGUCUUAUCAAAGUUCUCAGAGCAGGAGUGCUGAUUAGAGAUCUUUGAUUAAACAGGAAUGUUGCUUGAAUCAUGUUUAAUUGAUAAAGGAUGAGUAGAGUAUCAUUCCUUGGGUCUGUAGUGAGCCGUAAACUGGAUUAUGACCAACUCCUUCCCCGGGUUGGAAAUCAGGGAUAAAUGAUGUUUGAUCACAGACCUGAAACCGGAGAAGUUUGAUGUCUUUAAAACAUACCUGAGAAAAUCCUUUGUUAAAGUAACUGCAUGGUAUAUAGCAUGAAAGCUCCAAAAUGGACACUCUGUUUGAUCUCAUGGUGCUCUGAUCCAGUCAGGAAAUUUUCACAUUUCACAUUUAAACGGGUGCAGACACAGAAAAUGUUAAAAAUGCAGUAAUGAUCAAUUGUAGUGGUGUGUAAUAACUCAGUGACAAAAAUAAACCACAAUAUUUCUUCUUACACAGAGCUAGGUUGUCUUUCCUUAUAAAGCAUGAUGCUAAGGCGAUGAUGAGCUUCCCUGGUUGGUUUCCUGAAUAUUCUCUGAAGGGGGCGGAUGCAGACAGAUGCAGACAGAUGCAGACAGAUGCAGAGGUGGAAAACACCAAAAGAAAUAUGAUAAGUGCAGAAUAUUUGGGGGAUUUUAGGAAUCAUGUUGGUGUCAGGGUUGUAAUGUUGUUUGGGACAACAGACAGUUGAAAUAUGUAGAGAGCGGAUUCUCUUCCUUCUCUUUAUUUUUAUCUAUUUUACUCACAUCCUAAGUUAGACUCCCAUACAAGUCAUUUUGAUGUCAUUCCACGUUCAAUUUUGUGUUGUUUUUUUUUUUUUAAGAAAAACAAAUUAACAAAAUAUUGACUGUUUUUUUCAUUUUUCGUUUGUUCGUUUCCUUGUUAUUAUUCAUAUGAACUGAGCAUAUAUGCAAUUACAGUUAAACUCAAGCUAAAUAUCAAGGUUGUUCAUUUGCCAGUUAAACGUGAAUUGAGAUGUUUGACAUGGAGGCAGACUAAAAUGGUGCUUGAGACAGUCGCACACUGCUGAAACCGUGUUUGUUUCUUACUGUUCCACAGUCAGUUAUUGCUGUUUAGCAAAAAAAGCUACUGGUUCGAGAACCCUGAGGCUUGAGGCUGGUAACAAAUACACUAGACUGUGGCUGCCCAUAGUUUUGAUAUUUCACACAUUAGUUAACUUUUUACUACAACAAACAGGCAUCUCAUAUUUUAAUGCACAUCAGGGUUUGAGAAUGGGGUUCAGUUGCUCCCUAAUGCAAACCGUAUUUAAGAACAACAACCUACUAUAUGUUUCGCCACAUUUUUGUAGACUGUACAGAGAUCAAAUGGAGAUACGGUGAUGCAAACAAGGUGGUGCACAUCAAAAAAACAAAGCUGACUGCAUCUUCAUGUGUCCUGCAACAAUGUGGAUAAAUCACAAAGAGGCCAAACUCACCCAUGAUGCUGUGAUCUUUUUAUGAGGGUUAAUGUUGAAGAAAACCCAUUUUUGCGCUGAUCCUUUUUGAGGUGCUCUGGGAUGAAGUGGUCGGCACUAAACAGCACAUUAACACCAACUGCAGCCGGCAUGUUGUUAAAACUAAAAAGAAAACACAUUUGUGCUGAAACAGAAUCCGGACAGUGUGCCUGACUCUAACCUUUGACAUCUCAAAUUUCAGUUCAACUUGUCAGAAUCAACAAUCAGGAAGAAGGUUGAUCUGAAUUUUGUGUCUUUUAAAGGACAGUGUCAAGCGGAUGGGCCCUUAUGUCUGAGACCUUUCAGUGAAUUACAGGUUUUCGCUUAUCAAUCUGUAAUUAAAUUAUUCAGAUAUACGUUUUCUUUUUUAGAUAUGUAUUUUUAUAAACAUAAAAAUAAAUAGUCCGAUUCAGUGACUAUAAAGCAGUGAACAUUGGGCUAAAUUGCCAGUUUGGUGCCAAUUCUUCCUCAAAGAGGAUGAGUAAUACAACAAAACAAGUAAUUGAAGCUUUGAAAAGUAUCCCUUGUCCACUUAUUUCACUCGCUUUGGUUCUCCUUUAAUCAUAUCAUAUCUUUGAUCCACCCACUUAUCAGAAAAUUAAAGGCUCUCUCUCACAAAUUAUCCAUUAGUAGGGAAAUGUGUGCACUGGACUGGUUAUCCACGCCAAACCUCCACCAUUACCAGCAGUGGGCGAGGCUUACAGGAGAGGAAAAUGACCAGACUAAAGGUACACUCAGACUGACUCCAGGUCAGGGGCUGGGCUCAGAUCUUUUUAUCUGUUUCCCCCUGAAGGAGUGGAGUUUAUGAAUGAAGGAGUUUUUCAAAGAGACACAGAUGACAUGCAACAGUGAUCAGAGGCCAGGAUGUUGUCACACAUACGGACCAGUUUUAACAUUACAACUCUCUGAAUACACACUCUAGACAGAUCCAUGAGACCACUAUCUGGACUACAAACUCAAAGCCUGUCGUCGCGGUUUUAUAGUGGUGAUUCUGCAGACACCAGACCUUACAGAAACUUUAUAUCAGCAUAUUUGCUUGUUUGAUGAUGAUGAUGCUCCCCAUUGUGCUCCCCUCAGCUGUCACUGUGAGUAUUCUCUCUGAGACAGUAUGGCCUUCAAUUAUAAAUAUAAAAUAUGCUUCAUGUUCACCAUCCAAGAUCAGAAAGGCUCCUAAUGGCCAGGAGCAGUAAAAAUAGUCGCAGUGACGCCAGACACUUGAGGACGACUGGAACCAAUAAUCAGUCAGGGCAGGACAUGAAUCAGGACGCACCCCGAAUCAGGGCCUCAUGAUGUCUGUUUCAGGGCGCCCAGGUUGGAUUAGAUGGGCAGACACAGCUUACUAUAGGUCACCAAACAUGAUGGGGUGCUCACAGCAAGCGCGAGUAAAAUCAUCAACUCGCUUUAUUCGUGCGAAUCUCGACACGGGAACGAAUAGUAUUUACUUACUUCAUUGGCGCGUCAAUGGGAAAUUUCAAUCCCUGCCAAUCAAGUGACAGACAAAGGUUAUUUUUAAAAUUUACCAGAUAAUCCGACCUCCUCUUUCACUUGCCUCCAGACGAGCUCCUUUUUAUCCCGGAUUCGAUAAUUGGAAGAAAAGUUAUCUCAUAAAACACUGACAUGAUCAGUUUGUCCUCCAUUUUAGAUACCGGUGAACAACCGUCCGUUUUCAAACGUCACCCGCCAACCUUUGUACUGUUUAGUUAUCCCGACGUGAAUAUCCGCUCAAGAUAAGACAUUUUCAGCCCCGCCCAAUUCGCGUCAUUCGUGCCGCCAGAGUAGUAGGAGCGUCUCAUCACGUCUUUGCAUUGACUUUACAUGUCAUUCAUUCGCGCGAAUGAUGUUACUUGUGCUCGGUGUGUGGAGACAAUAACAGAGCUGAUGUCUUACUUGAAUGGUUGUAUCCCAAACUAGAAAGAGGAAACUAACUUGGCAUGUUUUUGUGAACCAUUCAUUAAAAAAAAUCCUCUUUAUUUGAAAAAUCAUCACCCUAGUCUCAAAGUGCACUGAUCGAAAAGGUGCAGUUCUUUGUGCAGUUCCUGCAGCUGACUGUUAGAUGGUAACUCGUCAGUUUCCUCCUCUCUGCACUCAACAAACAUACGAAACCUGAGAACUGCCAAAACUUCAACCCCCUAAUCUCUCGGCCUACAUCACGGAGCAGGAAGCAGCCAGACAACCCUCCACCCAAAGCCAAGGACAAGCAGGAGAGCACACCUUGGGCUGUGGAAAGCAAACAGAGGAGAGAGGUGAUCUAUAUGUCCCAAAGUGACCCCAGCACUCAGGGCUUGGCGAAAGUAAACAAUGGCACUAACAGGCCCGUAAUUGAUGGCGCUGCUCUCUCUGAUACAGUAAAUAGAUGUCAAACUGUGAGCGACCAGAUCACAAAAAAUUUGCAACACGCCAGGAUUACAGAAAAAUUCCUCACUUUGAUCUUACACCACUCACUCUUUGAUUCCCUGUAAUUACUCGAAGCCGCCGCUCUCUUCAGCGGGGUUGAAGAAAUGAUGAAUGGCCUUUAGCAGUUUCUUGAAUUUUAAGUAGGAUAAAUGACUGUGCCGCAGUCUGUGCAAAUAAUGGUGGCCGAGAAUGAAAGUGACAUUUGAUGUGAAACAGGAGAGACCAUUACAGAACACCGAUUUUACUGACUUUGGACCAACAUUAUUACUGUCGGUCAGCGUCGGCUCUUCUUUUAUUUUUGCUGGUUUGAAAUUGCUGUCACACCACCAUGGUUCUGGCAUCUGACACGAUACAAUCUGUGUAGGCUCUCACUCAUCCGGGUCCUUUGAUGAUGGCAAAGUUCACAUACUGGACUAGAGAAGACCACGAAGUUUGGAGAGGUGCUGAGACAGCAUCCAUGUCAAAUUAAAAAACCACCAUCCAGCAGAGGUGGUGGACUGGGACAGUUUUUAUCACCAGCAUAUAAUGUUGCUCUGAAUUCCUUUCCAAAUACUUCCACUCAGGACCAAAGAUCAUGUGACCCACCCUCAGGGGAACUAGACCAAUGACUCUGCUAAUGACUUCCAGGUGACCACCCAGAUCAUUAGCAUAUCAGACCUGAAGAGGCCUAUCGGUGGAAAGGCUUCAAGGACUUCAACGAAGUCCAGCUGCCCCUUUGGAUCAGGUCUUGCAUUAUUUUAAACCUUUACUGGAAGUGUGUGUGUCUGUGUGUGUCUGUGUUAGCAUGCUCCUGUUAGCAUUAAAACCAGACAGCUACAGUACAGAAGUACAGCCCCUCACAGCUGCUAUCAAAGCAUCUAACGGUUUCUCUAAAUAUAUAUACGGCUGGACGGUUCAUCAACUCUAACUAGUAGAACUUAGAAGCUGCUGAAUUAGAAGGUGAAAGCUUUGAGGUGCUACAAAUCCAUAAGGGAGUACCACAAGGCUCAGUACUGGGCCCACUCCUAUUGUCUCUCUUUGCCCUACUCUUCUUUUCACCUCUAUGCUGAUGAUACUGUCCUUUGAUGCAGUGCAUCUAAUCCUGUCCACGCUUGUUAAAAUCUUCACUUGAGUGAGUACAAGAUCUGCUUUGUCACCUCUAACUUGCUCUAAAUGAAGAUAAAACUACACUUUGGGACCCCCUUGAAAAUGAGAUGACGCAUCAUAAGGGGUUUGUCUUAAAAUGAUAAAUUUCAUAUUUAUAUUAUGUUCCUUUUUAGUUGUUAUCUACUUUAGUAUCUCUUUUAAAGGGUAUAUUCAUCAUGUUACAAAUAAACUUGUGUUUUCACUUGGAUUUUACUACAAAAUCAAGUCCUGGUUCUACCUUCUUACCAAUCCUCCUCUGGCUAAAUAUUUUUUCUCCCUUUUGACCUCAAAGGAUGGAGUUUAAAACCUCAGUCCAUAGAUAGAGAUACCUGGUUGAUCUUGAAGAAGAUUUGGACAUUUCUGCGAUAUUUCCAGUUAUGAAGUCCAAACUACAGUUGGGAAAGAAAGCUGUAAGGUUUACUGGUAUAUCUUUAUCAAUCUGUUGUAAGUGAAUACACUGUCUUUAUUCAAAACUUGAUAAUCUACCUUGUACAUUCAUUCAAGUACAUCAAACCACUUAAGUGUCUCUAGCAUUUGCACUAUGAUCACAUGAUAUUUCUAGAUGCGGUGGUUAUAAAUCUCAAGUGCCCAUUUUCAAAGAUUUUAUCUCAAGUUAUGCUCCAUGUGGCUUUGUGCCAUCUUAAUGUUUAGUAACUUUUGUCUUUCUCUCUGUUGUACCCAUAAAUCAGAAGAUUUGCGUGUGAUGACUAUGUUGUAUAAACACAACACUCAUCAGCGUCCAUCCUGCGUUUCUAUCAGUGAGAGUGAGCAAUGAGCCUCAUCGAGACGACUCGUACAGAUAGUUCUGCUGCCUCUGAGAGGUGAGCAGAACUUUGCAGUCUCAGCAGUUGCAUGCUACGGAAGAAGAUGGGAAAGAUAGAUGAAAGACUGCCUGCAUGUAUGGCUGGAACAGAAGAAGAUGAGACGGGGGUGAAAUCUCCAAAACAAUUUCAUUAUUGACACAGUAAGUGCAGGCAAUAAGGGUCCUCUCUUCUGGGUCCUCAUCAAAGUUCUUUACAGGAGGCCAGAAGGAAAAUAAUGCGCCAGAAAGCUUGAACCAAAUCGCUCUCAGGCAUCAAAGGAUCGCCAUUAUCUCUCACAAAUAAACACAAACACACACAUAAGCUCACGACAUUCUCAGAGGCAGCAUGGAGCUUCGUAAUGCUUUGAUGUGCAUUUAUCUGGAUGUUGCAAGCUGGCGUUACAGGGAGACAGUUUUAAGCAGGAUGGAGUUACAGUUGGUUGAAGAUCACAGAUACCAAUAUCUAAAGACAACUUUGUACAUUUCCCAAGAAGGCCUCCUAUGGCAGCCAGAAACAUUCGCAAAGGUAGGGACGUGCGUAUUAUUAAAAGUUGUCACCCUCGAUGGUUGACGCCCGAGUUAACUGCUUAGUAAAGUCUUUAUUAUUGUUGGUCCGAAUGCCGGUCAAAUGUUGUGCCUAAGCUGUAGCACAGGAUGUAACUUUAUGCAACAAUGGUCUACUACCUGGAUGAAAACGAGCAUAAUGACAGACGGCGUCUUGUAGUGUGUCAUGACAUGGCAAGAUUUUGAUGUAAAAAUUGAGCUUAAAGUCCUACUCUGAUCAUCGUCGUCGUUUUCUUCUGCUUCAUCCGGGUCCUGGUCGCGGGGGCAGCAGCUUCAGGAGGGAAGCCCAGACGGCCCUCACCCCGGCCACUUCCACCAGCUCCUCUGGGGGGAUUCCCAGGUGCUCCCAGGCCAGGCGAGAGAUAUAAUCCCUCCACCUGGUACUGGGCUGGCCACGAGGUCUCCUCCCGGUGGGACAUGUCUGGAACACCUCUAACGGGAGGUGUCCAGAAGGCGUCCUAACCAGAUGCCCAAACCACCUCAGCUGACUCCUCUCGACGUGGAGGAGCAGCAGUUCUACACUGAGCGCCUCCCGAGUGUCCGAGCUCCUUACCCUAUCUCUAAGGCUGAGCCCGGUCACCCUGCAAAGGAAACCCAUUUCGACUGCUUGUAUCCACGAUCUUGUUCUUUCGGCACGUAGAUCUUUCAGAUACAAACUACAGAAGACUAGAUGAUUAACUUAUAGCACUGAUGGUCAAUGCAGCUCAUGCAGUGAUCUGUUUUAAGGAUCCGUAGAGUUUCCAUAGUCAAAAGUUGCUGCUUGAAAUCAUCACAAGAGUCUUUCUGCCGUAGAUCACAAGAUCCUCUAGAACGUCAGUCUCUCAGCUCUACCAGCCAGGUUGCUUCCAUACAUGCUUCAGAUCCAUCAAGGUAAUAUCUCAGCACCUGUCCAGGUGGUCUUUUGGCAUCAUUUCUGCAUGUUGUCCAUCCUAAAGGAGCACGAUGCCAUCCAUUCACUGGUUGUAAAUAUUAGACAAUUUCAGGGCAAUCUUUCCAGUAGAACCAGAGCUAAAUAUGCCGAGUUUACGAUGUUAGUAAGUCAAUGUUAAAGGUUAGCAAACCCUUAAUGAUUAUGACAGGCAACAAUAAGAUCAACACUUUGGCAAAAUUUCAAUGUGUACAAACUGUGCACGUGCAUCUUUGUAGAAUAAGAAGUACCAACAUGUUGAUCCAGUGUUAAAUACUUUUCUUCAAAGUACCACAACAGGUCAAAAAGAUAGUUUUAACUUUGCUUUAUGAGUUUAGCAGGAAAAAACAUCUAAGGUCUGACAGGAAUUAUUUGCUGUUUAAGAAAAUUCAUGACUCUCAAUCUUCUUCUAAUCAAGAGGGAAUCUUCAUUAUAACUCACUGAGGCCAUUGUAUGUUAGAUUUAUUUAAAACACACAAUAAAGCAGACCCACCCUGACUAGACGGCCUGUAACAGCGGCACUCGUCUCGCCUGCAUCCUUGGCCGAGGCUUCCUUUCUGCUGAGUUUGUUUUCCCUUCACCCUUAUUCUCUUAAAUGCCCAUGAAGAUAAGAUGGCUGCUGUGAUAAGUGAGCGUGCACCUCCCCGGCACAAAGCAGAUACAGUGGAAGACAAGAGGAGCAAGUGUUCCUCCUUUUUGUUGGUCUUGAAUUUCAAAGAGAUAUGAGUGUGGGAAGGACGAGCUGGGAAACUUGAAGGAAGGGAAUAAAAGACAAAUAAAAACUUCGGUACAUUUUAGACACAUAAAUAAUUCAGAAGAUCAUGAAAGGCGGGUUAUUGGUAUUUUCUCCAUAUCUGAACAAAAGCCACUGAGUUCUCUGAGGAAAUGCCCUUAUCCAUCAAUAACGAGAUUUCCGCCUCGUUACGAUGGGUAGAUAAUGAGAACAUGCAACAAAUCACCUUAUCUUAGUAUGACUGUUCAUGUGCAUGUCUGUGAUGAUGUCUGUGGAGGUGAGAGAGCUUCCUACCCCCAGGACUGAGGGACUUACUCAUCUCCGAGAUGUGAUACUGAAACAGGAUUUCUACCUCGCUCAGGGGCCCUUAAAGGGCAAAUCAGGAUAUCCCAAAUCCAGGAACUAUUUUACGCAUCUUUAAGAUUUAUGAUAACUAAUGAGUGAAGAUUGUUUUGUUAUCCAGAGUGGAGUUGUCACCAACUUUGUGGGACUCACCAUGGAUCCAAAAUACGACUAAAACCUCCAAAGUGAUGAAUGUGACCACCAUCCCUGUGGUCUGUUUGACCUUAAAACUCCUUCAGGCAUAUUAAUCCCUCUGUUUAUAGUCCACAGUUUGUUGCUUUGACAUGUCAACCUUUUCCCUGAUUCGUUUAAGAACUUGCAUGUUAGUUUUCAGAUGUCAUAAUUAAUUGGUGGACCUGAUCACGAGUCUGCUGCUCUUACUCUGCAAUGACUCUUAUUUUGCAUAAGCAGGUGGCUGUCUGGCUGUUGAACCAUUUGAAGAGGGUUUGUUUUCAUUGGUAGGUGUGUGUUUAUCCCUCUUUAAACGUCUGUAAAACCUCAGGGAUGCAUUUGAUCUCGAUCAGCAGCAUACCUUCUCAGGACUGGAGUAUGCAUAUAUACGGGAACAGUUCCUGCACAUAGAGAUCUGGCUCUUGUUUGGCUAUAAUUCUUUUUUGGUCAAUGCGGUAAAACAUUUUGCGGAUCAAAUGCAUUUAACUCUUUACAGAAAACUGUAACCUCUUUCCUAUCAGAGUCAGGAUGCCAUGAAGACUGUACCCCUCAGUUUAGAUAAGCUAGAGGCCAAAUAAUGACUGACAUGGCUGGAAGAUGCUGAGAUAAGACGAGUUUGCCAACAAGAACAAGUUGGCCUGCCAGUGUUGGAGGAAAAGAAAGCUCCGUAUUAAAUCUUAUUAAUGUGGCACAAUAGAGCUUUGUCUGUCAUCGACUGAAUUUUCAUUACUCACGUGUGUGUGCGCGUGUGCAGCUUUGAAGAGAGCGUAUCUGUGUGCUCAGGCCUGUGAGGUGUGUGUGGGUGUCAACUGCACACAAAUGCAUACACAGAAUGCAGUGAUCCGUGAAAACUUUCAAGCGUCUCGGUUAUCUUUGGAUUAUCCAAGGACUUUUCUCUGGUAAGUGCAUAAAACAUGAACCUUUUAUUUCCAAAUAAUGGAACAGUCAUGUUAGUCGUAGUGAAAUAACAGAGAAUGAGGAGUUGUGUAACCUGUAGGACCAAAACUGUGUAAACUUCAGGGGUUAAAGUGGAUCUUUGGAGUAACACAAUCCCCUUUGAGCUGUCCUGAGGACAAAGGGGAGUGUUAGUUUUUUUACACCUAAAAAUUGACUUGAGCCUGCAACAGAGAAAGUGGCUUUAAUAGUACAAAUGUAAUCUCUGCAAACAGACUGAUUUAACAGUAAGUGGUUGUUAUGUCGGCAUACUUGAUUGUAUUGCUCUCAUAGUUGUCUGAAUGCGCUCAGUCUUUUAACUCUACCAUACAAUUUAGCUGUUUAGCCAUUCUAAUAAACACACUAAUGUGACUCCAACUUCAUGCAUUUGUAGUUAUGGAACUUUUUACUAAAUUUACAAUGCAAAGUGGGACUGAUAUUGACAUGGUAUUGAUAUGCUAAUGCUUCCUAUCAUAUUAGCCUGCAAGCUUAUAUGCUAACCAGUCAUGUUUUGUACUCUCUUGAAAGAUCUGGGCGUCUCAAAUUUGAAGUGUUCCCUUCCUUGCACGACACUGUUUUGUCGCAUCUUUUGCACACAGGUUUUCAUAAGUCAGUGGGUUCACCAUCUGUUGGCUGAGUAGUCCCACAGGGUGUGCAGGUUUGAAAGAUGACUCAUUGUUGUCGUUGAUGGUGGACAUGUUUAAGCAAAGGCAUUGCUUUUCCUUCUUUUUUGAUGAGGUUUAAAGUGUCUCACCUACUUGCGUGACACGACACUGUUUUGUCACAUCUUCUCCAAACUGGUGUUUAUAAAUCAGCAGUUUUUACUGUCAUUGUUGCUGGCUUUGUCGCCAUGUGAUCCCAAGAGAAACUUCUGGUCAUCAGCAAAGGGUCUGGAAGUUUUGAAAGAUGACUCGCUGUUGUCACUGAUAGUGGCUAUGUUAGAGCGGAGGCAUUGCUUUUCUCCCUCUUAGUGGAAGUGAAGGUUCGUGCUACAGAAAUCUGCCUGACCUGACUGACGGGUGCGUAUGCCCCUGAACACUGACCCUGCUGAUACUGCCCCCUAGUGGAGAUGCAGAUAAUAACGUAUCAGCCUCUCAGUUAUUGAUAUACUGUUAUAUUUUGAGUAUUAGUUUCUUUUUAUCAAUCAAUCAAUCAUUAUUUUCAAAUUCAACUACAAGCCAAACUAAAAAGGUAGGUCUUGAGUUUACUUUUAAACCAUUUUUAUCUUUUUAAAUCUGUGCACAGUGGUUCUACUCUUUUAUUGUAGGUCAGUGUGAUUCUGGGAUUUUUUUUUUCUUUUUACAGAUUCUGACAUAACUUUCUCACCGAAGCAAAUUCCCAUGCAUAUGCUUUUUUUAUUCGACGUGAUUCAGAUUGUGAUGUUGGAGGUUUGGCUUUUGUGCCAGAGGGAGGCCUAAGGGCUUGCCCUACAUCAUUCAUUAUGCCCUCACCCAUCAUGCAGAGCAAGCCGUACCCCUCUGGAGUCAUUCCAAGAGGGGUCUCGUCAUUAGCUUGCCACUUGGCGGCCAAUUGCUGGAGCAAGAGAGACAAAAGCUACAGUCCACCCCUGCAUGCUCUGAUUGCUUUGAGAGAGAGAGAGUGAGUGAGAGUGAGUAAGAGAGAGAGAGAGAGUAGAGGGACAGGGGCCUCCUUUUGGCAUAGCUGAACGUAGAUUCUAGUAGCAGGCUGGUUGUGUGGUUGGUUUUGGCACAGAACAUCCAGUACCGAGGUAAAUGGGGUCUCUAUCAGCUCAGUGAGUUUUCACUUGAUUCAGUGGUUUAUAGGAGUUUCCUCAUGCAUCAUCUAAUUACACAGAGUAACAGAAAACAUCCAAUCCCAAGGAAACACACGUAGAAGUUUUUUGAUAUCUGUCAUUUUUACUUAAUAAUAGAUAAUCCCUAAAUUCUUCAUAAUAGUACCGUCUUUGUAAUGCUGGCAGGUGUUUGAUCCGUCAGACAAACUAAUUAUUUCCAAUAAAAAUGAAGGACAGGAGAAAUAACCAGCAGAUUUGCAGUCACUCCAAUAAAAUAAGAGAUCUAUUGUCCAGGAAUUUGACAUGAAGUAAUGACAACAAAUAAAAAGCUUUGAUUUGUCUUGAUCCUCUCCCUUCGUGUCUGCUCUUUCGCCUCUCCCUCAUUCUCUUUCUCUCUCCCUCCCAACCGGUGGAUUUUGCCAUGCUGUGAUCCUCCUGCGCCUCCAGGCCCUCAGGUUAUUUGGAUAUUGCGUGGAGUCAAAGCCCUGUCAAUCAGAUAAGCAGUGACCUCGCAGACCCAGCAGAUAAGACGUUACAUGGCAAGAGGAAACUGCAGACAGCAGGGGACACAAGGCCCGACUAUAAAGGCUCGGUGAAGCGAGACUGAUCACAACGGCUCUUCAAACUCUAAAACGCUGCCAAGAAUGAAAAGAUAUUACUUGUACCUUUUUUUUUUUUCAAUUUACAUUAACUGAAUCAGAUUUGGACUUCUUGGCAAGAAUUUGUCUCCUAAUCAGAAGAGGAUAAAUCCCUAUGAAAGCAAGGUGUUACAUGUUUUCUCUCAUCUGUGGAGAACAAACCCAAUUCCAACAAAUUAGGAUGCUGGGAAUAAAAGACAAUUUUAAUGUUUUUUCAGCUGCUCCACUAAAUCUCCUCUGUCAUGUUUUAUCGUCUUAUAAGUCCGGAUUGUAAGCAGGGGGAUUUGGCAUCUGGACUCUUCAACUGCAGAGCCAGCCUGUUGUUACAUGGUGGUUGUACCGCAGGCUGAUAACAAGCCGGGUGGUUCUUCUCCUCUUUAGGGCAGACGAUCCAUGAUCCCCAAGGAGAAAGUGAAGUAUUGGUUUGUCAGACCACAGGGCAGCCCUUCAGGUCCAGAGAAGGUGCAGAGUCACAGUCAAACUGUUUACUGUUUUUUAAAGGUAUUUGUGAGCAUGUGCAGUGAUUUCCACUUCAGAGUCACUUUUUAUGCAGUUUUGCCUGAGGGCCCAAAUGUCACAGACAUCUGGUUUUCCCCUUAAUGUGGAAAUUCCUCCAGAUCCUCUGAAUCUUUAAAUUAUAUUGUGUAUUGAAGUCAAUGAAAUCACCAAUUCUACUCUGAGGAACAUGGCUCUUAAACUGCCAAACGGUUUGCUCACGCAGUCUCUCACAGAAUGGUGAACCUCUUCCCAUCUUUACCUCUGAGAGUCUCAGCAUCUUCUUAAUGCUCUUUUAAUUCCCUGUCAUGUUAUUAACUUGUUGCAAAUAAACCAAAUUAGUCAAGA